CUCUCCUCACCUGCCUAUAAAGUGAGGGUAUGCACAUCCCCCAAUGACUCGUUCAAACAUAAGUGUCAUUCAGCUUUUAUAUCCCCUAUUCUCUUCGUGAAGAUGUCUUGCUGUGGAGGAAACUGUGGGUGUGGCUCUGGCUGCAAGUGCGGCAGCGGCUGUGGAGGAUGCAAGAUGUACCCUGACAUGAGCUCCUCAGAGACGAUCACCAACGAAACUCUGGUUCUUGGUGUGGCACCAGAGAAGGGUCACUUUGCGGGAGCUGCUGAGACGGUCGUGGGAGCCGAGAAUGGCUGCAAGUGUGGAGCCAACUGUACCUGCGAUCCUUGCACUUGUAAAUGAGAGCGAUCCGCUGGCUGCGUUGAUUCAAGAAAUGAUCAUCGCAUCGACGGAUUGACAAGAAAUAAUAUUUCAUCUACUAGGCGUUUAUAAGGGUUGUCUCUUGUCUUCAACAAGUUUCAAUAAAGUAGCUAGUAUAUAUUCAUGGCUUGUUUUCUGCAAAUCUUCUUGGAUUUGCAGCUCUGGGGCUUCCUCUCUAGUAUCAAGUAUCAAGUCUCAAGUCGUGUUAGCUGCUUGUCGUCCUGUUUAUCUUUCAUGUAUAAUUAAAAUGGUAGUGUUGCUAUGAUUA